ACUCUGAGAAGAUGCCAGUGAUGCCCUUGUCCCAAUUCAGAUGCUAAACCAUGGGGAACGUGGAGAGCCAAAACGGAGAGCAUGGCUUCUACGUGGAGACUCAAGGCCACCCGCCACGCAAGCGCACGUCCCGUUCUCUGCGGGUCAAGCAGUCUGACCAUUAUUGUGCCUCGUCCGGUAAAGCAGAUCACCGCGGCUCAGAGACCAGCACCAGGUCGAGCAGCACUCCCAGCAUCCCUCAGUCCCUGAACGAAAACGGACUGGAACCGUUCGACGACGCGGAAGUGGAUGUGCUGGACCUGCGACCCACGUCCUUCCACGACGAGGCGGGUGAUCCGGGGACCACGCCUGGCUCGGAGGACGGCGGGGACACGGUAGUAGGAGACGCGGAGGACCAGGAAGGCGAGGAGACGUUCUCGGAGAAGAUGAACGACGAGCCGGGCGAGGCCACCGGCUUCAAAAAGAAGCGCUCCAAGUCCGCCGACCUGUGGCGCCAAGACUCGCUGGAGUUUUCGCUGUCGGACCUGAGCCAGGAGCAGCUGACCAGCACCGAGGAGAUCGUCGACCCCUCUGAACCCGAAAACAGAGACCUCAACGGCGGACACAGAGGUAUCUCGAGCGAGAGGGCCAACUCCGUGGAUGAACUCCGCACCCUGAAGAGCUCGGUGCACCGAGGCUCUCGGAACCGCUACAAGUCCAGGCGGGACGGCAAACGGACUCUGGGGGGGAGGAAGAGUAACGGUGGGCUGUCUCCGGGAGAGGAGGACGGCAGCGGGUACGGGGCGUACACCCUGCCCUGCCGGCGCUCUCACUGCCUUUCCGAGGAUCGACCGAGCCUCCAGGGGGCGCUGUGCUCCAGCAUGCAAGGUCGUCGUGCACAGACCUCACACGACAUCACCGCGGGCGAGGGCAGCGAGUUCGGAGACAGCGGCAUCGACGGCGUGGCGGUCGAUUCCGACCCUCAGUCCCGCCACCGCAAGGCCAUGUCGGCCUCCUUCUCCGUGUACUCGGCGGUCAGCGCCAGGAGCAGCAGCGGGAGCAGCAGUGGCGGAGCGGGAGAUCGCGACAGGCGACCUGGCGAAGGCCAGGGGGUCUACGAGAACUUCCGACAGGAGCUGGAGUCCAGCACGCGGCGGACGUACGAGAGCCUGGAGGAGGCCAGCUCGGCCGUCAGCGACGAGAGGAGCAGCGGCACGGCCAGUUCCGCCUUCCACUCGGAGGCGCUGUUUCUCCACACCACGCAGGGUACGGUGCGCAAGGCGGGGGAGCUGGCUGUGAAGAACUUCCUGGUGCAUAAGAAGAAUAAGAAGGUGGAGCCGGCGACCAGGCGCAAGUGGAAGCGCUAUUGGGUGUCGCUGAAGGGAUGCACCCUCUUCCUGUACGAGACUGACGGGCGCUCAGGGAUCGACCACAACAGCAUCCCCAAACACGCGGUCUGGGCGGAGAACAGCAUCGUCCAGGCGGUUCCUGAACAUCCCAAGAAGGAUUUCGUCUUCUGCCUCAGUAACUCGCUGGGAGACGCUUUUUUCUUCCAGACGUCUGGCCAGACGGAGCUGGAGAACUGGAUCACCGCCAUCCACUCGGCCUGCGCCACGGCCGUAGCCCGUCAGCACCACCGCGAGGACACGGUGCGCCUCCUGCGCGCCGAGAUCAAGAAGCUGGAGCAGAAGAUCGACAUGGACGAGAAGAUGAAGAAGAUGGGAGACAUGCAGCUGUCGGCCGUCACCGACAGCAAGAAGAGGAAGACCAUCCUGGACCAGAUCUUCCUGUGGGAGCAGAACCUGGAGCAGUUUCAUAUGGAUCUGUUCCGUUUCCGCUGCUACCUAUCCAGCCUGCAGGGCGGCGAGCUUCCCAACCCCAAACGCCUGCUGGCCUUCGCCUCCAGGCCCACCAAGCUUGCCAUGGGACGCCUGGGCAUCUUCUCGGUCUCCUCGUUCCACGCUCUGGUUGCAGCCAGAACAGAGAGUGGAAUUCGGAGGCGGACUCACGGCCUCUCUCGCUCCUCCAGCAAACGCAAGAGCCGCUUCUCCUCACUGUGGGGUCUGGACACUACCUCAAAGAAAAAGAGCAAAGGCCGAGCCAGCAUCAGUCAGGUGUUUGUGGACGGAGACGACUCGGUGAAGAAAAGUCUGGAGCAAGUGUAUGACGAUCCAUCCAAGGAGGGAUCGGAUCCGAGAGGAUCUGUGAAGAGUCUCUCCCAGCAUAAUGCAGACAGCGAGGUUUGGGUUCCCGGAUAUCUCACACCGUCCUGGGUGAUCCUGCCCAACGAUCAGCCGGUUCUGGUCAUCGUACAGCCAGGAGAGACGGCCGAGGAGGCGCUGGAGGCGGUGUGCAAGGUCCACAGCUUGGAUCUGUCGCUGCAUUAUCUCUGUCUGAAGUUUCUGAUCGACAAUCAAGUGCAGCUUUACAUACCAAAACCAGAGGAGGAACUCUGGGACCUUCUCUAUAAUGAGAUCGAAAUCUGCACCAAAAUCACCAAAGUUCUUCAGUUCGACAGGGAGGAGUCCUGCACCGUGGGUUACGGAUUCUCUGUAGCCGUGCUGGACGACGACGGCACUCAGACGCUCCACAUCAGCCACGUGAAUCCGGACGGCCUCGGCUUCACUAAAGGUCUACGAGCAGGAGAUGAGAUCCUGCAGCUGAACGAUAAGAAGGCAAGUGUAUUAGAGCUGUCAGAUCUGGACGCUGCCUUUGCUCUGCCCUCUCUCGAACUGACCGUGAGCGCUGUGCCCCCGUCUGAGGUGACCCAGCGAUACCCAGUUCUUCCCCGCCGGUCAGACACACCACAUGAUCUCUGCACGGACAUCUUCUCCCAGAGCCAAGAGGACAUUUUGGAUGAAGCCUCAGGGAUCAUCCUGGAGACCAGCGCCGGCCUCGAAGACGUGGAAGAAGAAGUCAUUUUAUCUGUGGGGUGUGCAGUAGAUGCCCUCGUACCCGAGUCUGGACACAAGAGUACGGAGCAGAUGACGGCGUUCUGCCGCAGCCUUCAUGACCUGAACACUGCCGACCCGCUGGCGUCCUCUUCCUCCUCGUCCUCCUCCUCUCCCUGCGUGGCCAGCCCCGUCUCCCCGGGGUCAGCGCCCUCCAUCCAGCGCCAGCUCUCCGACGCCGACAAACUUCGCAAGGUCAUCAGCGAGCUGGUGGACACCGAGCGCACCUACGUGAAGGAUUUGAGCUGCUUGAUCGAUCGAUAUCUGACUCCUCUGCAGAAGGAACAUUUCCUCUCGCAGGAUGAGCUGGACGUGCUUUUCGGGAACCUACCAGAGAUGGUGGAGUUCCAAGUGGAGUUCCUUAAGACUCUGGAAGACGGAACCAAACUAGUGCCGGAUUUAAACAAGCUGGAGCAAGUGGAUCAGUUCAAGAAAGUGCUGUUCUCGCUCGGCGGAUCGUUCCUCUACUAUGCAGAUCGCUUUAAAAUCUACAGCGCCUUCUGUGCCAGCCAUACGAAAGUCCCUAAAGUCCUCACCAAAGCUAAAACAGACCCCGAGUUUAAGGCGUUUCUGGAUGACAGGAACCCCAGGCGACAACAUUCAUCCACUCUGGAGUCGUACCUGAUCAAGCCCAUCCAGAGGGUCCUGAAAUACCCACUGCUGCUGCGAGAGCUGUACUGUCUCACCGACCCGGACAGCGAGGAGCACUACCAUCUAAACGUUGCUAUGAAGGCGAUGAAUAAAGUGGCCAGUCACAUCAAUGAGAUGCAGAAGAUCCACGAGGAAUACGGUGCCGUGUUCGACCAGCUCAUCAGUGAGCAGAGCACAGACAAGAAAGAGGUGGCUGAUCUGUCGAUGGGUGAGCUGUUACUACAUGCCACCGUGUCCUGGAUCAACCCACCAUCAUCCCUGGUGAAAGGAAAGAAAGAUCCGGACCUUGCUGCUUUUGUUUUCCGGACCGCUGUGGUCUUUGUGUUGAAAGAUUGCUCCAAGCAGAAGAAGAAAAUCGGGACGUCUCACCGAGGCUUCGUAUCCGAUGAGAGAGACCCGUUCCGCUUCAGGCACAUGAUUCCCUCGGAUGCUCUACAAGUCCGACACUCCACCAAUUCAGAAGGAACCGUGGUGUGUGAGAUCGUUCAUGUUAGAUCCGAGUCCGAGGGAAGGCCAGAGAUGAUGUUUCAUCUGUGCUGCAGGACCAGUGAAAGUGAGAGGGACUUUUUAAAGGCGGUUCACUCCGUCCUGAGGGACAAACAGCGCCGGCAGCUGAUGAAGACGGACAGUUUACCCUCUAAUCAGCAGUACAUGCCUUUCUCGGGAAAACGCCUGCGUGCGUUGAAGGGCGGACGUCCCAUGAUGAACAGAGCAGUUACAGCACCGUCGAGGAACCUCGAUCGCAAGAAGCUGCUGCGCACUCACAUCACCAUCAACACCAGCAUAGUGUUUGACGAUUACUCCAGCAGAAACUCCAUCAUCUCCACGCGUCCUCUCACACAAGUUCAACCCUCGCCGUCCAAACCUGCGCCGCAGACCGACGCCGACACCGACCGCUGGGUGGAGGAACAGUUCGACCUGCGGGACUACGACAGGCAGACGGAGGUCAAGGAGACGGACAUCCUCAGCGACGACGACGACUACUGCGAGUCCGUCAAGGGCUCCUCGGCCGAGCCCAGCCUGGAGGAGUCCUUCGAGGCCCUCGCUGCUGAAGUGGAGGAGGAGAAGCAGGUCAGGAAGAGGGACGAGGACGGGGCUCGGAUCAGGGUUACUGAGAAAAAGCUGGCAGAAAAAUCUCUCAACCAGCUGAGGUUGGCACCGCUGCGCAAACAGUGCGCGGUGGAGGACAACGCUGCCCAGAGGGAGACCGAGGUCAUCUGGGUUCGCAGGGAGGAUUUUAAUAGUGGUUACAGCACCGACAUCUUCUGAACGAAAUAAAAGAAAGUACGUAUGAGAUGUAGGAGCCACUUUUUUGCCAUUUUAAACCUUGGACAGACUGUCGGGAAUCUCUGAGGUUGUAAAUAUGUUUGCUCGACUUUACCUGACCAAUGAGGUACUGACUUUACUUCGUAUAGUCGACAAUCGUAUAGGA